CCAAAGCAUGGACGCAUGGCUUUUAAAGGCCACCACCCCGGUGAACAUGAUAACUCGCACAAGCUAUCCAGUCACGCGUCCGCGCCGAAAAUGUCGCCUCCGGCACCAUGCCAGCUCCUCGGCGCUGAGAGCGCCCACGCGACGGCAGAGCCAUUCCGCGUGUACGUGGGCUACGACUCCCGCGAGGACAUCGCAUACCGCGUGUGCCGGCGCUCACUGCUGCGGCGCUCCUCCGUGCCGCUGGAGGUCAUCCCGAUCGUCCAGCAGGAGCUCCGCGAGGCCGGGCUGUACUGGCGGGAGCGCGGGCCGACGGAGAGCACGGAGUUCUCCUUCACCCGCUUCCUGACGCCACACCUCGCCGGCUACCGCGGGUGGGCGCUCUUCGUGGACUGCGACUUCCUCUUCGUGGCGGACGUGGCGGAGCUGGCGCGCAUGGCCGACCCUCGCUACGCCGUGCUCUGCGUGCACCACGACUACACGCCCAAGGAGGCCACCAAGAUGGACGGCGCCGUGCAGACGGCGUACCCGCGCAAGAACUGGUCCUCCAUGGUGCUCUUCAACUGCGGCCACCCCAAGAACCGCGCCGCGCUCACGCCGGAGGCCGUGAGCACCCAGAGCGGGGCGCAUCUCCACCGCUUCGCUUGGCUCGACGACGCCGACGUCGGCGAGGUGCCGUUCGCGUGGAACUUCCUCGUGGGGCACAACCGCGUGGACCCGGCGGACGUGGGCGGGACCGCGCCGCGCGCCAUACACUACACGUCCGGCGGGCCGUGGUUCGAGCUGUACAAAGACUGCGAGUUCGCCGACCUCUGGAUCCAGGAGCGCGACGCGUACGAGUCGGAGGAGAAAGAAGGCGAGGUGGAAGGCACAAGAGUGCCAUCAUCGUCUGCAGUUGCUGUGGACGCAUGAUGCACCACGUGUUCCGGUUUAAUUUUUUUACACAGCACACCACGUGUUCCGUUCGUCUUUGUUGGUUAAUUUGCUUGUUUGACGCGCGGUCGUGUCACUGCGUACGUGCCGUUGUCAAGUUAGUUCCUACUGCAAGUGUAACGAUCGAGUACCAUGUGUAAGAAUAAGGACCUGUAAGGCGCGUUCCUUGAGGGCCAAGUAUCCAAUAUAAUUAUCGGUUUUGCUAAAA